ACAGGCACGUCUGCUCCGGAAACGCGGGCGAGGCGAGGCGAGCAAUCUGGGUGGGGGAUGUGCCCAGCGCUGGAUCCAGCUCCAUUUCACACCCUCUGCGGCGGCAGCGCUCAUCCUCUCCAGCUCAAAUCGGUAAGUUUCCAGGCUCCGUGGCCGCAUUUGGCAGGUGCCACGCUCCAACAAUUCCUUCCAGGAGAUGUGACUACACACAGCGGCGAGACAUGGAAGAGUGUGCAGUCGCGGGCGAGGAGGCGGAUCAAGAUCGGUCACUGUGCGGUCGGCAGAGUAUCAAGGCCAGUGGUUUUGGCUUCCCCGCGGCGGCCCCGAUUAGCAUCAACAUGAUUUUGGCAUCGCCAACCAAUCCAGCUCUGCUGCAUUGCUGCUGCUAGGUCUUCGGGGCGGGGGAUCGAGGGCGCCAGAGAUGUGGUGGUUUGUGAAGCUCGACGCGCUGGCCAUUCUUGUAGGUAUGAUGGUGAUAGAGUCUUGGGGCGAUUGCUCGAGCUCGUCCGGCCGAUUGGACGCGGAGGAGAUCUGCGGGCGCGGCAACCGCAGAAGCGUUGCGAGGCCGCACAGUGUGUCCAUCACAGAGUUCGGAGCUGUCGGGGAUGGGCAAACCGUGAACACGGUGGCGUUUCAGAAUGCCGUCUUUUAUCUGCAGUCGUUUGCUCACAAGGGUGGCGCGCAACUCUACGUGCCCGCCGGCAGGUGGCUAACGGGCAGCUUCACGCUCAUCAGUCACCUGACGCUCUUUCUCGACACGGGCUCCGUCAUCCUCGCCUCUCAGGAUCCACACGACUGGCCUUUAAUAGAUCCAUUGCCGUCGUACGGGAGGGGCAGGGACCUCCCGGGUCGGAGGCACAGGAGUCUAGUCUAUGGCAAGGAUGUGGAAGAUGUAGUGAUUACAGGUGGAAAUGGGACAAUAGACGGGCAGGGAUCGGUGUGGUGGCACUGGUUCCGUAAUCAGUCCCUGAAUUAUACAAGGGGCCACUUGGUGGAGUUCAUCAAUUCGAAAAACAUCGUGGUGUCAAAUAUUAGUCUCCUGAAUUCACCAUCCUGGACCAUCCACCCUGUUUAUUGCAGCAAUGUUGUCAUCAGAGGCGUGACCGUGGUUGCCCCUUCGGAGUCACCCAACACUGAUGGUGUCCAACCAGAUUCUUGUACCGGCGUCUGCAUUGAGGACUGCGCGAUAACCAGCGGCGGCGACGCUGUCUCGGUCAAGAGCGGCUGGGACGAGUAUGGCAUCCAGGUUGGGCUCCCGAGUGCCAAGGUCGUGAUCCGGCGAAUCACGGCCCAGGCACCCGCCAGCGCCGCCAUCGCCUUUGGCAGUGAGAUGUCGGGCGGGAUAAAGAAUGUGGUGGUGGAGGACGUUCGAGUGUUCAACUCAAAGAUCGGAGUCCACGUUAAGACUGGCGCGGGCCGCGGAGGCUACGUCAAGAACAUCUCGGUCACCAACGUCACCAUGGACAGUGUGCUCACGGCAAUCGCCUUGAGCGGCAACAGUAGCAGCGAGCAUCCUGACGAGGGCUACGACCCGCUGGCGUACCCGGUGGUGAGAGGGAUUUACGUGAACAAGGUUUGGGGCCGGAACAUCUCCCACGCCGGAAGCCUGAGAGGUUUGGAGGCGGCCCCGUUUGAGGACAUAUGCUUGUCCAACAUAACUCUCGAGGUUGACGAGGCCUCGCAGGGAUCCAAGUGGGACUGCUCCAACGUCAAAGGAGCCUCUCUCGGCGUCACUCCAACGCCGUGCCGCCAGCUCCAAAAUCUCCUGGUCCUCGUCCUCCCCACUCGGACCUUGACAAGUCAAUGACCCCCCCACGUACUUUUGUAAUAAGUAAAGGAGUUCGUACCUAUAUUAUAUAUACAUGAGAGUCCGUACAGACUUGAACGUC